AUGUUCCGCUAUCGGACGACCCUUUUCCAGUUGCAACAACAUCGUCAUUUCUACCAGCAACAACAGCAAAAAUCUACAGUAAACGCCAAUGGGCACACGUCAACUAUAGAAAAUGGCAGUAUCUUUGGUGGUAACUGGAAGAUUCCAGCCACAUUAGGCUUUGCACUCAUUGGGUUUUUACAAUGGCAGCACUUGAACCACCCAACGGAUGAAGAGCGUAAGACGCAACGGGCGAUGGCUCUUCGUCGUCUUCCUGGUAGUCUUACGUCGUUUGAAGACACGAUGGCCACGGAGCGUCAGUUGCAGUCGCUCAAGCUCUUUCCAUAUCGAGCUGCUAGUCGCCUAUGGGGACGAGUUCAUGAAAAAGAGCUACCAGUGUGGCUGCGUGAACCUGUGUACAAGGCGUGGACCGCCGUAUUCGACUGCAAACUGGACGAGAUGAAAUAUCCGCUUCAAAAAUACGCUAAUCUCGGUGAAUUCUUCUCGCGGCCGUUAAAAGAAGGUGUUCGUCCGUUUGAUAAGACUAAAGGUCAUCUUGCCAGUCCUGUGGAUGGAACGGUAUCCUCGACCGGUGAGGUCAAUGACUCGAACAAUGUGCCGACUCUGGAACAGAUCAAAGGUGCACGCUACAGACUAGACGAGUUCCUUGGUAACCUGCCAUCGUUUUUCACCAGAAAGUCGUCGGGUAAAAAGCUAUUUUAUUGCGUCCUGUACCUUGCACCAGGAGAUUACCAUCGUAUCCACGCUCCUGUGGACUGGCAGGUCGAAGAGCGCCGUCACUUUCCAGGAAACCUCUUUCCUGUUAACCAGAGUGCUGCUCGGCUUAUCCCGAGUCUCUUUGUGGAAAACGAGCGAGUAGCUUUGCUCGGUGAAUGGGAACACGGCUUCUUCUCUCUUACUGCUGUUGGCGCCACCAACGUGGGUUCGAUAGUUAUCACGAAGGAGCCCGAUUUUUGUACCAACACGGCCGCACAGGAUCCCCUAGUGGGCAAGUGCAUUACUAACAGCUACGACGACAAGCUACAUGCAACGUGCGGCGAAGAAAUGGCACAGUUCAAGCUGGGCUCUACAGUUGUGUUGGUCUUUGAAGCUCCCGAAUCGUUCCAGUUCACUAUCACGCCGGGUGACAAGUUAAUUCUUGGCAAAUGCAUCGGAAAGGUAGUGAAACAGUAG